AUGCAGCAGCAGCAGCAGCAGAAGAAGAAGCAACAACAACAACAACAGCAGGCAGCAGCAGCAGCAGCAACACCAGCAUCAGCAGCAGCAACAACACGACCAGCAACAGCAACAGCAGCAACACCCGCAGCAGAAGCAACAACAACAAAACAACAAAAACAACAACAACAACAGCAACACCCGCACCCGCAGCAGCAACACCCGCAGCAACACCCCCAGCAGCAGCAGCAGCAGCAGCAGCAACAGCAGCAGCAGCAGCAGCAUCUAUCUCUUCAUACAAGUAGCAGCAAGGGCGGGCUGCUGCAGCAGCUCGCAGCUAUCCCCGCUGAGGAAGCCCAGCCGCAGCAGCUCAAGACACACAAACACCUCCUCCUGCAGCAGCAAAUAUAUAAAUAA